CCCGCGGCCCCAGGCUCCUGUUCCUCCGCGGCCACGGGCAGGACGUGGCCAGAUGCACGCCGGUGUUGCCGCUCCGGAGGGCUGGCGGCCAUGGGGGCGUCCUCCCCUCCCUGGGUGGGCAGCGCCUCGGUCACAAGCAGCAGUGGCGCCGACGGCCACGAGGGCAUCGUCUGCCCCGGCCCGGGCUGGCAGUGCGCGGCUCUCCUCCGGCCCCGGGGGUGGUGACGGCGGGGCUGGCUCCCCUCACGUUGGGGCUGGCGGGUGUAUGGUGUCUCUGCUUGCUACCAGCACCCCUCCCCACGGAGCCGGCAGGGCUGGCUCCCCCAGCAGCAUGGCUGGGGCCGUGGCACGGUGCCCUCCCGCCUGGUGUCGCUGCCUCAGGCCAGGCAGACGGUGUCCCCCACGACGGGAAGGGCUUUCUCAGCCGCCAUCUUGACCAGGUGAUGUGUAACGGCCGCUUCGGGCCGUUGGCCCCGUUUUCCCGCCCUUUUCUGGCGGGUCCCACAGGGCACCGCUACGCAUGCGCGGCCACCAAUCCUGCCCUGGUAACAGCGGGCGGAGACGCGGAGGGGUGGCCCCGCCCCCGGGCUUUGCGCACACCUAUAAGAAGGAGACUCUUGGCCUCCGGCCCCGCCCCAGCCCCGAGCGGCUUCGUCCAGUCAGAGCUCGGAGUUCGCAACGACCGCAGCCACGCCCACGGCCGCGGCCCCUUUUCCUGCAACCGUUAUUCGGCCGGCCAAUCCCUACCUAGGUUUACUUUUUGUCCCGCCCCUCUUCUUGGAGCCAACCAAUCCAAUAUCACUUUCCUCUUGCUUUGUGGUCACGCCCGUUUCCGGCCGUAUGGCAGGUCUUGCCGCUGAUUGGCCCAGCGCUAUGCAGUUGCGCAUGCGCCUAGCUACUCACCGCCCCUCCUUUCAGAGGGCGCCGCGCUUCUAUUGCGCACGCGCCUUCCCUCGGCCUUUCCCCCCCUGCGCAUGCGCCGGGUCCCAAGCGGGUGUAGCCGCUCCCUAGCGACGCGUCGCUCCCAGCUCUUCCCCGCCCGCCGCGCAUGCGCUCGACGGGGGCACCAUGCCAUGCGCAUGCGUGUGCGCCCCCUUCCCCUCCCCGGCCCCUCUACUGCGCGUGCGCGCGGUGGUCGGGCCUGGUUCCGGUUCGGCUCCGGCCGCAGGCGCCAUCUUGGACGCGGGGACGGCGGCGGCGGCGGUCGCACGGAGCAGCGACCCCCGCCCGGCCCCCGCGGCCCGCCCCUAGAGCCUCCCCGCGUCGCCCGGCCCCCACAGCCCCUCGGCCCCGAGCGCCCCCACAGCAUCCUGCCCUGCCCCUGCGCGCCCCGCCGCCGCCGCCGCCCAUGGAGCCGCGCCCGGCCCCUGCCGGCGCCCCGGGGAGCCCGCGGGCGUCUCGCGGCCGCCCCCGGCCCCGGCCCCUAUAGGAGCUCCUGCCGGCGCCCGCCCCCGCCCUCGCCCGUGCUGGGCCCCGCGGGCUGCCGGACCUCCCCGCGGCCGCCGCCCCCGCCCCCCCCCCCCACAGGGGCUUUGGCGCCCAUAGAGGUCCCCUCUUUCCCAGGCAGCCCUAUAGGGGUCUGACUUCCUGGGCUCUGCCCCUCACUAGCCUCUUCCCCCGAUACAGCCUGCUUCCUUCACGGUCUCUGUGGGGGAGCCCAUGGGGGCCCUGUAGUUCUGCCAGCGCCCCCCCGGCCGCCCAUGGCUCGGCGGUAGCUGGGGCUCCCUCCCUGCAGCGCCGCUCCCUGCCCCGGCCCGACCCCGCGCGGGGGGAGGCUGGCGGCACGCAGCCCCCUGCACCCCCAGGGCCCCCCGGUGGAGCGGGGCUGGACCCUUCGAGGGCUCACGCACAGCCCCAGGUGGGGGUAGGGGGCCGGCACCUCGCGCUCGCCUCCCAUUCCCCCCCACCCGUAUAGAGCCCCCCGUCCCGGGACGGCGUCGCUCGCGGGGGUGCCAGCCCCCCACCCCUCCCCGGAGCUGGAGCCGCCAGGCUGCAGGCGUCCUCGACUGCUGGCUGCUUCUGGGAGCCCCCCCAGGUGCCUGAGUUCCCUGAGGGGGCUGGGUACCCAUGUGCCUGAGAUCUGCAAGUGCUGACCCCCGCCCACACACGCAGGAGGAGAGCGGGGCCCGUGGGGCGCGCACGGGCCGGCAGCCAUGCCCUCCGGCGCCCGGGCCGGCAGCCUCAAGGACCCCGAGGUGGCCGAGCUCUUCUUCAAGGACGACCCCGAGAAGCUCUUUGUCGACCUGCGUGAGAUCGGCCAUGGCAGCUUCGGCGCUGUAUACUUCGCCCGUGACAUGCGGAGCAACGAGGUGGUGGCCAUCAAGAAGAUGUCAUACAGCGGAAAGCAGUCCAACGAGAAGUGGCAGGACAUCAUCAAGGAGGUGAAGUUCCUGCAAAAGCUGCGGCACCCUAACACCAUCGAGUACAAGGGCUGCUACCUGCGUGAGCACACGGCCUGGCUGGUGAUGGAGUACUGCCUGGGCUCAGCCUCUGACCUGCUAGAGGUGCACAAGAAGCCACUGCAGGAGGUGGAGAUUGCGGCCAUCACGCAUGGAGCCCUGCAGGGCCUGGCCUACCUGCACACCCACAACAUGAUCCACAGGGACGUGAAGGCUGGAAACAUCCUGUUGACAGAACCGGGGCAGGUGAAGCUUGGGGAUUUCGGCUCUGCCUCCAUCGUGGCUCCUGCCAAUUCCUUCGUGGGCACCCCUUACUGGAUGGCGCCUGAGGUGAUCUUAGCUAUGGAUGAGGGGCAGUAUGACGGCAAGGUGGACGUCUGGUCCCUAGGCAUCACCUGCAUCGAGCUGGCGGAGAGGAAGCCGCCGCUGUUCAACAUGAAUGCCAUGAGUGCCUUAUACCACAUCGCCCAGAACGAUUCGCCUGUGCUGCAGUCCAGCCACUGGUCGGAGUACUUCCGCAACUUUGUGGACUCGUGCCUGCAGAAGAUCCCGCAGGACCGGCCGGCCUCUGAUGUGCUGCUCAAGCACCGGUUCCUGCUGCGUGAACGGCCACCCACGGUAGUGCUGGAGCUGAUCCAGCGCACCAAGGAUGCAGUGCGGGAGCUGGACAACCUGCAAUACCGCAAAAUGAAGAAGAUCCUCUUCCAGGAGGCGCCCAACGGCCCUGGCCCUGACGGCCCUGAUGAUGACGAGGAGGCGGAGACAAUGGUGCAACGCGGUGGCACGGUGAGCAGCGUGGGCAGCAGCCACUCAGUGCCCAGCAUGUCCAUCAGCGCCAGCAGCCAGAGCAGCAGUGUCAACAGCCUGGCUGAUGAGGCCUCUGACCCCGAGGGGCCUGGCCCCGACCCCGAUGAGGAUGAUGGCCCUGGCCUGGCCCUGCUUCAGGAGGGCGAGCACACUGUGGCUUCCAACAGCUCUGUCAUCCACCGCCUCCCGGGCCACGAUAGCCUGUAUGAUGACCCAUACCAGCCUGAGAUGGAGGCCCAGAGUUCAUCGGCCGCCCGGCGCCGCGCCUACUGCCGCAACCGCGACCACUUCGCUACCAUCCGCACUGCCUCGCUGGUGACGCGGCAGAUGCAGGAGCAUGCGCAGGACUCAGCACUGCGGGAGCAGCUGAGUGGCUACAAGCGCAUGCGGCGGCAGCACCAGAAGCAGCUGGCGGCGCUGGAGAAUCGCCUGCGUGCGGAGCGCGAUGAGCACCAGCUGCGCCUGGAGCGGGAGCUCGAGGCACAGCGCGGGUCCUGCGUUGCUGAGGCCGACAAGCUGGCCCGCAAGCACCAGGCCAUCUGUGAGAAAGAGAUCAAGGCAGCGCUGGCGGAGGAGAAGAAGUUCCAGCAGCACAUCCUGGCGCAGCAGAAGAAGGAGCUGGGAGGCCUCCUUGAGGCCCAGAAACGACACUACAAGCUGCGAAAGGAGCAGCUCAAGGAGGAGCUGCAGGAGAACCAGAGCACACCCAAGCGGGAGAAGCAGGAGUGGCUGCUGCGCCAGAAGGAGGCGCUGCAGCAGCGUCAGGCUGAGGAGGAAGCGGGGCUGCUGCGGCGCCAGCGCCAACAUUUCGAGCUCCAGUGUCGCCAGUACAAGCGCCGCCUGCUCCUGGCUCGCCAUGGCCUCGACCAGGACCUGCUGCGCGAGGAGCUGAACAAGAAGCAGACGCAGAAGGACCUGGAGUGUGCUAUGCUGCUGCGGCAGCACGAGUCGUCUCAGGAGCUGGAGCUGCGGCAGCUGCACACGGUGCAGCGCACACGUACAGAGCUGACGCGCCUGCAGCACCAGACGGAGCUGUCCAACCAGCUGGAGUACAACAAGCGGCGCGAGCAGGAGCUGCGCCAGAAGCACGCCGCUGAGGUCCGCCAGCAGCCCAAGAGCCUCAAAGUAGGUGGCUGCGCCCCCCCAGGCCAGCGCCAGCCCUGCGGGCAGGGGGCGGCAAGCGCCCUGCAGCCAGGCCAGGCCACCUCGACACAUCCAGAUCCCGAUGGCCGCGCGGUGUCAGGACAGCCAGAACCUGAGGGCUGGGCUGUAUUAGGCGGCCUUGAACCCGAUGGCCAGGAGGCCUUGGCGCACCUAGAACCUGAGGGGCGAGCUGUCUUGGGCCGCCUAGAACCGGAUGCCCGGGUUCUGUUGGGUCAGCUAGACCCCAAUGGUCGGGUGGCGUUGAGUGACUUAGAACCGGACGGCCGGGCUGCGUUUGGACACCUAGAACCCAGCAGGCGGGGCACAUUGGGAGACCUAGACCCCAGUGGCCAGGUGGUGCUUAGACACCUAGAGCCCGAUGGGCAGGCUGCCCCAGGAGACUUAGAACCUGCUGGGCGCGUGGUGUUGGGGCAUCUAGAUCCUGAUGGGCAGGAGGCUGUGGCACUAGAGCUGAGCUGGGCUGCACUGGGUGGCCUGGAGCCCGAUGGGCAGGAGGCACCAGGGCUGGCGGAGCUGAGUGACCUGGAGCCUGAUGGGCAGGAGGUGCCGGGCUGGGUGUUGGAGCCGGACCUGAGCGACCUGGAGCCGGAUGGGGAGGCGGCAGCGGGUGUGCUGGAGCGGGCCAGCCAGGGCCAGGACGAGGAGGAUGAGGAGGGGCCAGGCCCGCGGGGCCCUGGGGAUGGCUGCCCAGCCCCUGAGCGGGCGUGGGCAGGCACUGGGUUGGAGCGGUGGCGGGUGCCAGGCUCCCCUCUGUUGCCGCAUGCCGUGUGUGCAGCACUGGCGCUGCUGGCAGCUGCCUGGCCCUCGGCACCUGCCCUCCUCCUGCUGCUGGCGGCGCUGUGGGCACCAGGCAGUGGAGGGGCACUGGAGGGAGUGCUGGCAGGACUGGGCGUGGCUGGUGCACUGUGGGGCAGGGCUGUGCCAGCAUUGGGGCUGGCAGUGCUGGCACUUAGUGCCUGCCGGGGCCGGCUGUAUGUACCGGUGCUGCUGGGCGCCUUGCGCCUGCUUGCUGCACCCUGGCUCUUUGUGCCACUCUAUGCGGCGGCUGCAUUGGCCCGGGGUGCGGGUGGGGGGGCAGCGCGGCGCCUGGCCCGGCGCCUCUGCCUGCAUGCCCUGCUGCGCCUACCUGCGCCCACCUUCCGCGCACUGGUGCUGGCCGGACUGGUGUCAGAGCGUGGGCUCUACCGCCUCUUCCCCCGUGCCCGCAAAGGCGGCUUCCGCAGCCGCCUGCCUGUGCUGGCGCCCCGUGCCCGCCGCCCACCUGCCCACCGCCCCGGCCUGCGCACCCUGCUGGCCCGCCUGCUGGCCUUCCUGCCUAGCCCGGCCCUGCGCUGCCUGGCGGGUGUACGGCUUCUGCGCCCACAACCACCCAGCCGCCUGCCCCGGCCCAGCCGCCUGCCCCGGCCCUGCCGCCAGCGCCCCGCUGUGCAGGCCGCCUGCCGCACCUCUGCCCCUGGCCCCCACCUGCCACGCCGGCCCUGGCGCUGACCCUGGGUCUCUGGGGAAUGCAGCCCCUCUCCUUUGUGGGGUGUCUUGUCACGGUGCUGCAGGGCAGGGGUGUCUGGGUCUCUGAGCCUCUGCCUCCCUCUGCUCAUAACACUAUGCCCCAGGCCUGAGGCGCCCAGGUGUCCGGGGAACCUCCCUGCCAGGGGGUGAGGUGCGUUUCUGGUCCCAGCCCCUGCGGGGAGGGGGGUUCUGGGGCUAUUGGGGCCUUUCUGGGAGGCAGGACAUUACCCACCCCACUCUGCCUCUUUUCGAUCCCAAAAUUCCCUCUUGUGUGUCUACCUCCCCCCACACCCAUCCUCCCCCUCACUCCCCUGGGCCCUGGUCUGCUGCCCCCUCUUCAUUUGCUUUUUCCAUCCUUUUUGGGGGGCAAAGCUGGGGGCUCAGCACAGCUGCACUGGGGGUUGGGGCAGCCCCUUUUUCACACCCCCGCCAUGUGGGUGGCCGGCGUCCACACUUCGCAGAUGCUCAUGCCCUGGGUCGGGCCACGGUUGCCCUACAGAGAUGUCCUUUGCCUGCAUGCCCAGGGCUGCUUCCAGGACACACGUGUCUAUGGGUAGGUGCACACAACUCUAUAGGUGGAUGCACGCAUCUUACCUGUACAUCUGUAUUGAGACCUAGACUUUAACACCAAGGGUGUGUGUGUGUGUGUGUGUGUGUGUGUGUGUGUUGGAUACAAGUUACACGUGUGUAAUUUGUAUAGAUAUUGUCUGUGUGCACGUGUUAUACCUAAAUUAUAUUUCUUAAUCAUUGUCAUAUGUGUGUAUACAUGCAUAUGUGUACAUACAUAUGUAUAUAGAAGUAAUAUAUCAAAGCUAAUUUGUGUGUGUGUGUGUAAUUGAAGCUAUAUAUAUAAAAAGCCAGCUUUGAUAUACAAGUCGUUUUUAAGUAUCUGCACAUAAAGCUUGCAUAUAUAAGUUAUCUCAGGAACUUGUAUAUAUGGAAGUUUGAGAUCUCUGUAUAUAUAAUAAACUUGUAUAAAAGUAAGUGAUAUUUGGAUACAAGUGACUUGUAGAUCAAAGUUCUAUAUAUGCACAUGUCUGAGGAGCUGUGUGUAUAUGUGUAUGUAAAAGGUUUGUGUACACGUGCACACACACACGUGUCACUUUUAUGCAGGUAGUCAUGCAUAUCAAAAGUUUUAUGUGCACAUGUAUCUUGGUAAGAUAAUCUGUAUGUAUAUACAACUGCUAUACAUGCAAUUUAUAUGCAGAUAAGUUGUUGUAUAUCAGUUUUAUCUAUACUUAGCUCAGCAGUGUGUGUAGAAGAAACAAGGAAACUAGCCAGAAAAGUGAAGCCGGAGGAGCUGAGACGGGGCUGAGAUGCUUGUGUAGAUACACAUUGUAUGUAUGUAUGUGUGUAUAUCUAUACAGGGAUGUAGCUGGUAACUGUGUUGGUCUGAGACAAAAAGAAAUGCAAAAUUCUCAAGCUCUUGGUUCAGAGAUGAUACCUUUUAUUAGGUCAACUAAAUCAUAUUGCAAAGAAAGAUCACUUUUUUGCAAUGUCUUGGUCCAAUAAAAAGUAUCAUCUCAGCCAAGAGUUUGCAUUUACACACUCACACACUGUUUAUCAAGUCCUUGUGCAACUUUAACAAUUUUGGAUGUACAUAGGAGUGAAGCAAACUGGAAACGGUGACUGAAAGCAGAAUUUACUUUUUUAGUGCAGCAGAAGCUAUCUAUGCAUUGGGUAAGGAUGACAUGCAAUUCAUGAAGUCCCUCAGCAACUGGAACAUGUUUGCUAUAAGCUGGAAAACUGGAUUGAACGAUGCAUCAUGAAAGAUGGCUGCUCUGUUGAAGUCUAGAAAUUUGAGCUGCUUGUGUUAAAACGGGCUGAGUUCUGCUUUCAGUCGCCAUUUCCAGUUUGCUUCGAUCUGGUGUACAUCCAGAGUUGUUAGAGUUUAAAGUUGCACAAGGACUUGAUAAACAUCCUGUACAUACAUAAACUUGUGUGUGUGUGGUAUGUGUGAGUGCAAGGGAUGUAGGUUGUAGUUGUGUUGGUCUAGGGACGGAAGAAAAAGGGUCUUCGGGGGAAUCUGGUAUCUUUUAUUAUACCAACUCAAAGAGUUUUUUCACCUAUUUGAGUUGGUCGAAUAAAAGUGUUCAGAUUCCCCCAAAGAACCUUGUCUGUAUGUGUACACACACAUGCAUGCAUACAUACAUACCUACAUACGUGUGUACACACUAAAUAUAUGUCUAUAUAGUAAAGCUGAUACAGAAGCACUGCACAGAUAAAAGUUACUUGUAUCUUGAUUUUUAGUGUACAUGUAUCAGUAAUCACAUGUGUAGCAGCUAAUGUGUGUAAGAAACUGAUACACAAGUAACUUACAUGCAGAGGAGGUGCUUGAACAUGACAGGUUUCUACACACUCAUGAGUAACUUGCACACACACAUACAUAACUGAUGAUGCACGUGCCUGGGACUGAUACACACGUCUCUUUUAUGUGCAGAUAAUUACUUCUAUAUUGCAGUUGUGUCUGUGUACACACGCACACAGUUGAUACAGAUGUAACUCGGGGGGAGGUGUGCACGUAACACUUUGGUACAUGAGGAACUUCUCUGCAAAAGUGACUUGUAUAUCAAAGGUUUCUAGACCCAUCUGUCAAGGCUGAGCAUGUCAGUUGUGUGUACACAUACCAUUAAGUGUGCAAUAUGUGCAGGUGUGCCACACACACACACAGUCCCUCAGGUGUCCAGGUCAUGUACCACAACGGGAAGUGCAAGGCCUCUGCCCGGUGUGAACACACACGUGUACAAGCUCUUCACUAUGAGCAGCAGCUGGUUCUUGGCGCGGAGCUGGGCUCUUUCCCACCCCUGCCCCUGGUUCCUUCGUUCCUCCCCUGGUUCGGGGCAGCUGCUCAGUUUGGUUCCAUCCCCAGUGUUGGUUUCCCAUGGGGUUAUUUAUGCCCCCCCCAGCUCGGUGCUGCCCCCGUGCGUCUCCUAUCCCCAUCACUACAGUCUCAUGUGGCUUGGAAGGGGUCCCCGGUGCAGGGUGCUGGGAGUGUGGGCGCCCCCGGCCCUGCCUGCGUGCCCCAGCUGCCUCCAGCCCACUCUUAGCAAGACCGGGGGAAAGCCAGCGGGUGCACUCAGGCCUCAUGUGUCCAGGAUGCAUGCACACCCAUAAAGCCGUGAGGGUCCAGGACAUGUGCAGGGGGCCCAGGCGGCCGGGCCCCCACGCACCCAUUUGUUUUCCGAACCAGCCCAAGACCCCGGGUCUGAGCCACCCGCACCUCCUCCCCCCUCCCCCUAUUUAUUUGCCCCUCACCCUGUGCGUGCCCCCCUCCACCCUGCUUUGCUCCGUUUGAUUUGAAGCCGAUUAAAGGUGGUUGCAGCUCUCCA